UUCACAAUUGGCGCACGAGCUGAAGCGACCAAAUAUUUGUGCAACCAAAAAAAUUAGAUAAGGUUCGCAAACUGUUGCCAAAAUAAUCGCAUAUGAAAAAAGUACUCGUACGAAACUCGCACAAUAUAAGCGAGCGUUGUGCGAUGUAAACGCAUGAAAUCUUGCGAUAUAUUUUGCGUCUAUAUGCGACUGUUGUACAAUGAAAGCGAGUGUUGUAAGAUAAUGGAAUAGGAUCGCGCGGGAGACGAAGUGAUCGGACGAUUGAACGUGCGCCAAUGCGAUUGGACGGACGGUGCUAGUCCGAUCAUGCGUUCCAUUGUAUUAAUGCUCGUACGAGUCAGAGCGGGUAUAUAUAUACGGCCCGUAUUCGAUGGUUUUUGUUAGACAUUUUUGAAUGCGAGGGAAGAUGCCACCAUAAAAAUGACAAAAACAGCAGCUAAAGGCAAAAUGGCGAACCGUCGAAAGAAGGCCAAGGAGGAGACCCAAGAUCUGCCGCAGCAGCCGAGCCCUAAGCCUGUUGAUGAUCCGCUGGAGCCUACCGACGAGGGGGACGAGAGGGACAAACCGCUAGACCAGCCUGCUGAGCAUUCAGAGCCUUAUGGGUCCAGUGAGGAGGAGGAAAUGGAGGAUUCCAUCAUCAAACAGAAAUCCAUGGAAUUGACUCCCGAGCAGGAACAAGAGCUGGCAGAGUUUUAUGAGGAAAAUCCAUGCUUUUAUGAUAAAAGUCGGAGUGACUUUAAAAACUCAAAGAAGAAGGAUCGCCUACUUUAGGAAAAGGCAGGAACCAUGAA